AAAUCGCAAUUAUUGGUUGAUUUUGUCACAUUUUUGAAAAUUUUAAUUCAUUAAUUAUGGAAAACCCACUUACGUCUGAUGUGCAAAUCCAAAACAAUUUCAAAGUCAUUUGGGAAAGUUAAAUGUUCGGAUUAAGUUUGCGCACCACUUGGCAACAACGACACAUAUCUGCCAUCGUGGCCGCUGAUUUUGACAAGGGCCCCAUUUACAUCGCUUUGGAACAAACGGUUGGUUGUGCUGGGUGUUGUUUGGUAUAGUUAUUCGUGGUUUUAAUUUCAUUUCUUAGAAAUAAACUGACAUGGAUCAAGUGGUGAAAUUCAUCGAGCCAGGUCGGCAGUUCGCCAAAGACUCUAUCAGGUUGGUGAAAAGAUGCACCAAGCCAGACAGAAAAGAGUUUCAAAAAAUUGCGAUCGCGACAGCGAUUGGUUUUUGCAUCAUGGGUUUCAUCGGGUUCUUUGUGAAACUCAUCCACAUUCCUAUCAAUAACAUCAUCGUCGGCUCAUAAUAUUGUUUAUUUAUUUGUUCAUUACAUAUAAUUAAUUAUGUUUUUUUUAUGGAGUAGAGAGUAAAUUAUUUGAU